AUGACAGAAACAAAGUUAAAAAUAGCUAUGAGAAGAUACUCAUCUCCUUAUUAACAUAAUCAAUGUGAUAUUUCCUUCAAUUGUCUCUUUCAAAAUAUCAAUGUAUUAAAUCAUAGAAGAAUGUCUGAUAAAAAGACAUCAUAAAAAAACAGUUUUAAUACAAGGCAAAAUUCUAAAGACAAUUCAAUGGAAGCAGACAAUCAAUUAAAUAAGCAUCAUUUUCUACUUUAAUAUAUUAUUGGUGUAGGAGGAUUUGGAAGAGUAUGGAAAGUUAGUUAUAAACAAUAAUUUUUUGCUAUGAAAGAAAUCAGUAAGGCUUUAGUACUUUUAAAAUAAAGUGUACAAAGUAUAAUGACUGAAUUAUAAUUUUUAACUGAAUUGAGACAUAAUUUCUUAAUCAAUGUAUUUUCUGCAUUUUAAGACAAUCAAAAUCUCUAUUUAGUUUUAGAUUAUUUGGGAGGUGGUGAUCUUAGAUUUCAUUUAGGAAAAUUGAGGAAAUUUACAGAAGAACAAACAAGUAAUCUAUAUUAAUUUAAAAUAGAAUUUUUUGCUGCUUGUAUUAUUGUAGGAUUAGAGUAUUUACAUGAAAAUAAUAUAAUACAUAGAGAUAUCAAACCAGAAAAUUUGAUUUUAGAUAAUUAAGGAUAUGUUCGUAUUACUGAUCUUGGUGUAGCCAUUAAAAAAACUGGUUAGAAUUUUGAAACCAGUGGUACACCAGGUUAUAUGGCACCUGAAGUUAUAUUUAGAUAAGAUCAUGGAGCAGCUGUAGAUUUUUUUGCUUUGGGAGUAAUUUGUUAUGAAUUCAUGACAGGAAGAAGACCUUAUUAUGGUAAUAGAAGGGAAAUUAGAGAGUAGAUACUUGCUAAAUAAGUGUAGAUUCAAACAUCUAGUGAAGGUUGGUCUAAUGAAUCAAUUGAUUUCAUAAAUUUAUUAUUGUAAAGGAAACCACAAAACAGAUUGAUGAAUCCUAGAUAACAUAAAUGGUUUAAGAAUUUUCCAUUUGAUUUAUUACUUUAGAAAAAGUUAAAAGCACCAUUCAUACCUAAAACUUAAGAUAAUUUUGAUUAAUCAUAAAUAUAUUACGAAGAUGAAGAGAAUAAUUAGAUCAUUAGAUUACAUUAACAUUUGAUAAGAGAAAAUCAGAAUGUAUUUUAAGGAUAUUUAUAUUAAGAAAAAUAAUCAUAAUUUAGAAUCAAAUAAAGAAAAAGUAGUAUAAAUAAUAGUAAAAUAUUUUAAUUUUAUUGA